UCUGCCCAACCGUUCCUCCCUCCCUCCUCCCCUUCUUCCUCGGUGAGGCGCUCCUCCAGUGGCCAGGCAGCAUGGCGGCGGUGGAGACGCGUGUGUGCGAGACGGACGGUUGCAGCAGCGAGGCCAAGCUCCAGUGCCCCACCUGCAUCAAGCUGGGCAUCCAGGGCUCGUACUUCUGCUCGCAGGAAUGUUUUAAAGGAAGUUGGGCAACUCACAAGUUACUGCAUAAGAAAGCAAAAGAUGAAAAGGCCAAGCGAGAAGUGUCUUCCUGGACUGUAGAAGGGGAUAUCAACACUGAUCCAUGGGCAGGUUAUCGAUAUACUGGAAAACUCAGACCCCAUUAUCCACUGAUGCCAACAAGGCCAGUGCCAAGUUAUAUUCAAAGACCAGAUUAUGCUGAUCACCCUUUAGGAAUGUCUGAAUCUGAGCAAGCUCUUAAAGGUACUUCUCAAAUUAAGUUACUCUCAUCUGAAGAUAUAGAAGGGAUGCGGCUCGUAUGUAGGCUUGCUAGAGAAGUAUUGGACAUUGCCGCUGGGAUGAUUAAACCAGGUGUAACUACUGAAGAAAUAGAUCAUGCUGUACACUUAGCAUGCAUUGCAAGAAAUUGCUAUCCUUCACCUCUGAAUUAUUAUAAUUUCCCCAAGUCUUGUUGUACUUCAGUGAAUGAAGUGAUUUGCCAUGGAAUUCCAGACAGACGGCCCUUGCAAGAAGGUGAUAUUGUUAAUGUGGACAUCACUCUUUAUCGGAAUGGUUAUCAUGGGGACCUGAAUGAGACAUUUUUUGUUGGAGACGUGGAUGAGGGAGCUCGGAAACUGGUUCAGACCACGUAUGAGUGCCUGAUGCAAGCCAUUGACGCAGUAAAGCCUGGUGUUCGAUACAGAGAACUGGGAAACAUUAUUCAGAAGCACGCACAAGCCAAUGGAUUUUCAGUUGUUCGAAGUUACUGUGGGCAUGGAAUCCACAAGCUUUUUCAUACAGCCCCCAAUGUACCCCACUACGCCAAAAAUAAAGCAGUUGGAGUGAUGAAGGCUGGCCAUGUAUUUACAAUUGAGCCAAUGAUUUGUGAAGGUGGAUGGCAGGAUGAAACCUGGCCGGAUGGCUGGACGGCGGUGACGAGAGAUGGGAAGCGAUCAGCCCAGUUCGAGCACACUCUGCUGGUCACGGACACGGGCUGUGAGACCCUGACCCGGCGGCUUGAUAGCGCGCAGCCUCACUUCAUGUCCCAGUUUUAAUUUCCCCCGAGACGGCACAUCUCACCUAUACUUUCUGGCCGUACUCCACAUUUUAUUGAGAGUACAGAAUGGAAGAGGAAAUUUUUUUAUUACUUGUUUUGUUUUGACUAUCGAUAAAGAAGGACUACAACAUCUGACGUGUCCUCAAGAACUUGUCUUGGGUCUGAAAAGGCCAAGAAGAAUAAAGGAAGCAUUUCUCAACUCCCCCCACCGUCCCCGCCCCGCCCACAAAUCUCUGCACCCCUGUUUUUCUUCCUUGCCCUUUGAGCACUUUUACUUAAACCUGCUUCUAGUUGCUUCUGUCACUGCCACCCCUGGGCCAGCACCGCCAGCUGCUUUCCAGGUGAGUGCUGGAGAGGAGAAUCCUUGAGACUUCUGCAACAUACGUUGCUCCCAAUUUUUUUUUUUUUAAUAUUAUGUAUGUGUGGAAGUAUAUACGUAUAUAUUUUAAAUUCCGUGUAUGUAAUUACUAAAUACUAUGUGACUUGGGGUUUGUGCUCAUUCUGCCCUGAUGGGGUUCUGUGCUGUCAUAAACGGACCCAUCGUUUGCAGUGAUUUAAUUCCCAGCUGGAAAUUGGCUUCCCUCCUUCCCCUGCUAAUUCUUUACGCUUAUAAUUGUGCAUAAGAAAGCACUCGGUCAGUGAGACCCUCCAGUGUGGGCUCUGUGUGAGUGAAUGUAUGUGGCAAAAUCCACUUUGGACAAACGUUAUCAGGUUUUUAAAAGACAGGUUUAUGGCAGAAACAGCUGUGCUCCAAGCGGAAGCUGGCUGUUGCAGAGAAUGACGUUUUUGUAAUAUGUUGCUAUUUCAGACCUCUGUUUGGUCAUUAUGGGAGGAAAAACGCUCCCUUCCCCUCUCUGUCCUACUUCAAGGGCAUACCUUGCAAAGAUACUCAGAGAAGGCUGGAGGUUGCAAUGUGGAAGUUGGGGAAGAGAGUUCUGAAGCCUCUCCAGCAGGGAGCAGAGUCUGGAAGUGCUGACGUCUGGUACAGCUGGUGGUGGGGUGGAAGGACAUCUCUGGAGGUUGGACAGUUCCCUUGGAGUAGGGAUGCGCUGUCCUGGGUGUGCUGAAAUCACACUUCUCCUUUACACAGUUGGGAACCUCAUUAGACAUGACCUUCGUUGCCCAGCCUCUGUGCUUCUUUCAGUAGUUCAGUCCCAGGUGGGAGAGUAUCCAGUGAAGACAGAUCCAAGUCAUUGUCACUGGAGAAUACUUGAUUCCCGGGUAUCUGGAAACUGUAUGCGAAGGUAAUUUGAUUCCACUGACAUGUCACACUUGUAAGAGACAUCUUUCCCAGAGUGCCUCGGACCUUUAUUGCUUUAAAGGAAUUACGAUAAUGUUUUCAUUACUUUUUAUUAUUUUAAUGAUUUAGUAAUGUGGCUGAAUCUGGUAUAGACUUUUGGGGGUAUGUGUGUGAAAUUUUUUAUCAAACUGUAAUAUUUGUGAAUGGAAUGCCUUGCAAUAUAAAUGUUAAUAUAAUGUGUAAAGGGAGAUUAAAAAGUUUGAAUGAUUAUUCUGCCACAUGGUUGUUAACUUUGCCGCAUUUUGUUUGGGAUUUUAGAAAGAAGUGGUGGGAAAUGGGGUGGCUGAGUUCACCAUCUAAAAUAAACACUUGACUAUUUGAGUAAAAAUACUUUUUAAUGUUGAAUGACUGUAUAAAAAUUCCACUCCUGUGUUUAGUUCAGCAGUCUACUAGUAGUAUUUGAGAUGUAACCAUGUUUCUGAGAGUCAUUUAAGACAAAGAUUGCCACACAGGUAGGGCAGCAUUUUCUGUACUGAUCAUAGAAUUAGUGGUGUGGGCUUAUUCAGUGUCUACUUUUAGAAAACAAGCUCAAGGAAAAAAAUCUUGGUGGGAUGGUUUUUUGUUGUUGUUAAAACACCACACUGGUGAUGAUGCUUUUCUCUGUUUGGGAGAUGUAAAAACAGUAUGGAGCUCUAGUCUAAUUGUAUGUGUCUAAUUACAAAUAUUUAUUAGGUUUAGAUGAGAAAACACCUAGGGUAGUUUUAUCAUUCUGCCAACUUGUCAAAAUGUCAGUGUGGUAACUUUUUAUUUUUUGUAUUAACUUUUAAAAUAUUUUUUUUUCCCCUGCCAGUCAUUCAGCCCCCUUAUAACUUAGAAGGGAAACAUGUUUGCAUUUCAUCUUCCGUUUAUGGCUUUUGGUGACAAAAUGUGUAAAGGUGAAUUAGAACCCACUCACCAGCACUUUUGUAUCACUUGUCACCCUCACGUCUAAAUUGCUAGGAAGAUGUUUAGGAGUUUGCCAUCUUAGCUGACUUCUGUUUGUCCUGUCAUCGCUCUGGCUUUUCACUGAGUUUGAUUAAAUUCGAGAGACGGAUGCUGCACUUUGCUGAAGCCCCCAAAUUGUGUCUGUAAGCUAUUUCUGCCCCCUUCCCCCGCCGCACGCUUUUUUAACUUCUAGCUUUUAAUUUUGAAGGUUUUUCGAAUUUACAGGAAGCUGAUAGUGCAGUGAAACACCCAUAUGCCCUUUCCUGUGUUCAGCAGUUGUUACUGUGCCUCUUCUCGAUGUAAUCAGCAUUUUUCUUUUGAGAGGAAUGGCGUCGUACUUUAUCUGCUGCUGUUGCAGCAUCUCUUUUAAAACGUAAGGAUGUUUCCUACACGGUCAUUGUACAGUUGUCACACCCCAGGAACUAACUGAAUGUUCAGAGUUGUCCGAGGUAUAGUACACAUUGACACCUGAGUCAGCUUUCUCCAAAGUGUUCUUUGUUUUAAAUGCAGAGUGCAAACCCAUGGCGUUCAGUUGUCAUCUGUAGGUUUUUUUUUUUUUAAACUGUAGAACAACCCUUUUCCAUCUUUUUUUGAUCUCUUAUGAAACUGACACUUGAGAAAGUAGGCUCCCCCCCACUCUGCCCACUUAUUUUUGACUAUCAGCGUUAGCUUAUUGAUUGUUUCCAAAAGUGUUGUCACUCCUCUGAAUGUUCCAUAUUUGGCCAGUGGAAGCACCUUUAAGCUUAUUUAUGGGUCAUUUUGCUCUAUGCCUAUCAGUCUUUGGGCGUGUUCUUGCUUUUUGCCAUAUGUUCUAAGUUUGUCAUAUACUUUUCCUGUCCCAGACUGGGAACUGGCUACUUCUCCAAGGAGCCCUGGUUUCUCUUCAUGAGGAAUGGUAUUUGGAAAUCAAGAUCUGGGUUGCUGCUGGGGUGUUAAUUGCUCCUUGGCCCUUUCAGGGAACAGAGCCAGGCAAUGCAUUUUUUAUAAAUUCAUGUUGAUGUAUGGCAAAAACCAUCACAAUAUUGUAAAGUAAUUAUCCUCCAAUUAAAAAAAUUAAUUAAAAAAUAAA